AACAAACGUUGUUGUUGGCAGAACUGUAAAUUUAUUGAACAUAUAUUCUCAGUAGUGAGUAGAGCAUAGUAUAUACCAUAGGUGAUAUAUUUAUAGCUGGUAGAUUUACAGUGGUUACAGACGGAGACGUCUAAUGUAAACAUUAUUUUUUAUAAUUAAACAAUAAAAGCUCUAAGUGACAAAAUAAUAAACAUAAACAAUAAAUAAAGAAACUUUCAGAUGUGAUAAUGGAUUAAUAUCAUCUUUAAUAACAACCAAGAUCCAGCGUGCUGUGUAGUGUAUUGGAUUUAAAAAAAGCCUGAUACUCAGUCGACCUGAUACAUAAAAAAACAAACUGUGUAAAAAAAGUACAAGUUUGUGCGCUAGUGUUGUGCUGGUGACUGGUGAGUUCUUCCCAGUAAGAUUGUGUGGGUAAAGACGGCACGAGAAUUUACUGCUGGCUGCAGUUGGAUGUGGACGGCGGCCUAGAAUUCAUGGAAGUGCAAUGCGAGAUGUGCUACAUGAACUUGUCGUCAGAGUUGCCAUUGUAAUGGGAAGCUGAGUAUCCCUGGCAUUAUGCGGCUGGGCUACCAAAAAGAUGCAGUAUCAGCCCUUGGAUGUAAAUUCUUCUGACCUGUUGAAGCAUGGUCACGACCACUCGGAAAAGCAUCCAAUUAUGAGUCACUCAGACGUGGAAAUGUAUAACAAACAGUUGGAAAUGAAUAGUCCCAGUUGUAAAGAGCUCUCUCGGCUCGACAGAUCAGUGAACGAUCAUCCGCUGAACAAUAAUAACACCAACAAUAAUGACAGUAUAAAUAAACAUUGCGACGUUAAUUCACGCUAUUUAAAUAAUUAUAAAACUGAUAAUAUUAAUAACAACAAUUGUAAUGCGACUGAACAAUCACGGUUUUUUGUGUGCGAUAAAAGUUAUAGAAGACACUUAUCUACGAGUGAUUGUGUGUUAAACAGCGAUUGUGUCUCCGCAAUUGAACGUUUAAAAUCUACUAAACAAAUUAUGACAAACUCUCGACCAAUAUCACCAACAAAAGAUUGUCGAUCGAGUUAUUGUUACAAUAAUUAUAAUUAUACCUAUAAUAAUAAUAUUAAUAAUAAUAGCACUAGUGAUACUCCGUAUAAUUGUUAUCGUCGUAAAAGUCAAUUUAAAUGGCUUUUACACGCUUUUAUUUUACUUUUCAUCGGAUUAAUUUCCACGAGUUCGGCAGAUCGAUGUGCUCUCGGUCUCGACACACCUGGACGAACUUGGCCUACGAAUGAUAUUAUUUUGGAGUACGGCCAAUCCUUGAGAAUUCUCUGUAUACUGAAUCAGACGAUUGUCGACAAGGAGUUCCCUGGUAAAAAUGCAUCGAACUUGUCUUUCUACAGAAAUGACAAAAAAAUGGAACGAGAGUACAUUCGUAUUAUCAACUCAACUACUAUUGAAAUGUUUGUCGAAAAACCGCCACCUUCCCACGACAUGUAUCAUUGUAAAUUACAGACCAGCGAAUCUAUCAAAGAUGAUGUCGCUGUUUGUCUCAAUAAUGUCGCCGUCGGUUUUAAACCAGAGGAGCCGAAAAAUUUCAGCUGCAUCUCGCACAAUUGGGAAAACUUGACCUGUACAUGGGUCCCAGUAGAUAACUUUAUCAAGACCACCCACACGCUUACUUUCAUGUCAUCUCGCAAACUUUUCCCUUGUCCUAAGCACGAAAAAGAAAAGAAACUACCUCUAAAUUCUUGUCUCUGGGAUUUUUCAACAGAUCCUAUUUAUCGUCAGACUUUGGAAAAUUAUACUUUCUUGAUGACAGUCAGAAAUGCAUUGGGAAAUAUGACAAGACAAUAUAAAUUCCAGCAUUUUGCUAACACAAUACCAGCCAAGCCGGACAAUUUAACGGUAGUAAAUAAAACAACAGAAAGCGCAUUACUGUACUGGGCAGUACCUUUUCCAAUGCAAAACUUUCCACCAGGUUUACAUCACAAAAUAGCUUAUCAACAUCAGUGGGAUCGGCUCAAAACAUGGCAGAUAAUUAACAUUACUAAUGGCCUACACGAAGAUAAAAAAUUCUACAAUUUAACGGGAUUGGAAUACGCCAAUACUGUUUAUGACGUGAGAGUAUUUAUGAAGAGCGCUAUUGCCAAAGGCGAUGAUAAAUGGAGUCCAUUCAGCGAUAUUACAUUUCGUACACCACCUAGAUGUGAGUAUCGUUUUGUUGUUUGUCUUAUGUUCAUUUUAUUGAUAGUGAAUUUGCCUGGACGAUUGCCGCGUACGGAUAUCGGAAGUUUUGAAAUAACAGAGAACAACGCAAACAAAGUUCUUUAUUUAUACUGGCAAGUUAUACCCCGUUAUUUAGAGAACGGAGAUAAUUUCAAGUAUCAAGUUACUUUGACAGAAGUAAACGGCCGUAAGACUCAUAUUAUGCCCAAUGAAACUACGCGCUCUUACGCUGUUUUCAAAGGUUUCGAUUUCUUUAACUAUACUUUCCAAGUUACUACUUCUAACAUCGUGGGUACUUAUCCCAAAAGUACUAGCAUUCAUGUACCCAGUCAGUAUGACAUGCCUCAACAACCUUUGGCGGUUACAAAGAUAGCGUUUGAUGAAGGAUUAUACGAAUUGUCAUGGAAAUCACCAUUACUGAGCAAUCAAAUAAUUAAUUACACUAUAUUUUGGUGUGAAAAUGAACGUGAUCGCCCUUAUCAGUGUACUGGAUAUCUCGACUGGGUUCACGUUCCCAAGAACACAACAAUCUACAACAUAACAGUUCCGUCUCCCGAGAAAGUGUACCAAUUCGCGGUGUCAGCAAACACAGAAAAAGCCAGCAGUGGAAUGGUCUGGGCUUCAUGCACCGUAAUCCACAACAAAGUGUCCAGCAAAAUGAAGUCAGUAUGGAUAAACACCAUCGGCUCGGACGUAAUCGACGUGGGAUGGAAGUUGGACUGUUCCGACCGUAUCGGAGUAGUGGAAGGCUUCGUGAUCUAUUACUGUCCAAUUGUAUCCCCCAAGAACUCAACUUGCCGAGAGCCCAAGCAGAACACCACCAUCCGAGCAGACCCCCUGAUGAUGCGCAGUACAGUCACCGGAUUGAAGCCCUACACCACUUACAAGAUAACAAUAGCUUUUUGGACGAAGACCGGCGAGGGUCUGGAGAGCGAGCCGCUGUACAACACCACUCUCGAGAGCGCUCCCACGGCUCCUCAGAACGUAAAAGUAAUUUCCAUCACCAACAGCUCCCUGUUUGUAACUUGGGACCCACCCUCUGCGAUGAACGGCGUUCUUCUUUACUACGAAGUCCACUUCAACGGAAACACUCAGAAGGUUGAAGAUUCAACCACCAACGUCCUGCUUAAAGACUUAAUGUCUUACAAGAAUUACACAAUCACAGUCACCGCUUGCACCGUUAAGUGCAGCGUCGAAUCCCGUCCAAUCAUAGCCUUGACAAAAAUAGGAGUCCCUGGAAAAAUAAACCGUCCACCUAUCGUAAAGAUCCAGGACUCUAACUUUGCAAUCGUCAUUUGGAGCAGGCCCCAAAAUCCUGGAGGCAGAGUCGACUAUUAUCAAGUCUCCGCUCCAGGGUACAUUGUAAUCAACAGCAACGGCACCGAAACAAAAAUACCGAUUCCCGGGUGCGUGGAAAAUGAACGCGACACCACUUAUAGAUUCAAAGUCCGUGCUAUCAAUAUUAACACCGACGGCGAGCAUCUAGCUGGACCUUGGUCAGACAUCGGAGAGACCAGUUGCUGGAACGCUGGAAUUUCUCCUCGAGUGUACAUCAUCAUCUGGGUAAUUUGCGGAAUCUUCGCGCUUUUAGUCAUAGCUGCAACAUUUAUAUACACCAAAAAAAUGUGGCGCAGGUGCAAACUCAUGCAAGAUUGCGAAGUGAAACUCCCUCCAGGUCUCGCUGCUGAGAAAUUACUCCAGAAGCCCGGUGAGCAGCACAUCAGACAGUCCUCAGCGGACUCCAGCGGGUGUUCCAGCGUCCAGGAAUCCGUCACGUCUUCGCUUACUUCAAAUUCCCACGUGUCAAAUGACAGCGGGACGGAAACAGAUCCGGUUUCUAGCUUACAGAAUAAGUUAUUGGACACUACUCUCGUGUGGGAGUCCUCGAGUCUGCGUCAGCGGAAUGUCAGCGGCGGAACCACCCGACCUGGUCCGGGAGCUUUGACUGAGGCGAGAUGGGACUCGUAUGUAAAGGCUGGAAAGCCUGGAGAAAGAGAGUCGAUAGAAAGGGAAGAUACAAUGUCAAUUGCACGCUCUACGCCUAAUUUGAGAAUCGAGGAUAGUGUCUGCAAUGUUCCUCCCCAGACUUGGUCGUCCACUGGGUACAUCAGCAUGCCGUCUUCCGAGGAUGUUUCGACGACAAACUCCAGCCCGGUUUCGGUUAAGGCUUCUAAUAUCAGCAGCUACAGUGUUGUUGGGCUUCUGCCGACCAAGAUGUCGCCCACCAGGUCUAAAAGCAGCGAAGACACCUCGGAGGAAGCUAAGGCUAAUAUUCCGUAUGUCAGCUUAGCUUCUUUGGAUCACAAGCUUACUUUUAUCUCUCCGAUUUCUAAAGAGCCGCUCAAGUCUGUUGAGAGCAGCAAGCCGUACGUCCAAACUGGGCUGAUAGACAAUUUAAAGAACCCGCCGUUCACCCAGAGUGAGUUUGGCUCCAAGUUUGUUCCCAAGCCGGUAGAUCGUGACUCCUCGAUGAAGUACGUCACUGUUGCGUCCAUCGCAGAGAUGACUAAGCCUGCUAAAGACAAACUUGUUCAGAGCACCACGGAUGCGUCCCAAAAGCCCUAUGUGCAAGCCUCCACGAUGUUCCAGAUGCUCCAGGCUGGCUCGCAAGAGAAGAAACACGAGCCUAUGUACUGGGAAUCUGGGGGAGAUGGGGACUCCAAGACUGUUGAUGUUGUUGAGAUUGAACAGUCUGAGAGGAGUCGGACUCCUCAAGUGUCCAGCAGCGGGGAUAGCCAGCAUAUUUUAGACUGAUGAAAAUAGCGGGAGUAAGCUAAUUUAUAAUAUUGUUUUUUUUUUUUUUUU